AUGACGCCCUUAUCCGUCUCGCACUGUCUCUCGGACCACUCUGCCUCUCCUACCGACCGUCCUGAACGUUCGCGGAAUGCCAAAGCGCAAGCUAGGCAUCGUGCCAAGCGAAAAGCCUAUAUAGAACAGCUUGAGCAAACGGUCACGAAGCUGCAGACCGUCCUUGCUCUCUCUCCAGACCAAGUCGCUGCCUUGCCACCACCUCUGGUCAGGAUCCGUGAGCUGGAGGAAGAGAAUGAGCUCCUGCAUCGAGAGAUAGACGAGCUUCGGCGCCAGCUCGAACUUCGAAACGCCCGCCUUCGCCCUGACAUCACACACCGCAACGCCAUGGUAAUGCAGACUGACGAUGCUCGCUCUGACCGCGACGCUAGACGUCGGAGGAUGACUGACUCCAACAUCUACAUGGUGUGUCUAUACGUUGCAUCAUGGAGCUAG